AUGUUGACGCCAGACUCGGCCAAGGAAGGCGCCAAGGCGCCGGCCGAAGCGGAGAGCCCGAAGAAGAAGGAGGCCGAACCCAAGACCGCCAAGAAGGAUGAGAAGGCCAAGCAGGAAGCCGAAGCCAAGGCCAAGCAAGAAGCCGAAGCCAAGGCAAAGGCUGAUGCUGAAGAGGCCAAGAAGAAGGAGGCCGACUCCAAGACCGCCAAGAAGGAGGAGAAGGCCAAGCAAGAAGCCGAAGCCAAGGCUAAGCAAGAAGCCGAAGCCAAGGCAAAGGCUGAUGCUGAAGAGGCCAAGAAGAAGGAGGCCGACUCCAAGACCGCCAAGAAGGAGGAGAAGGCCAAGCAAGAAGCCGAAGCCAAGGCCAAGCAAGAAGCCGAAGCCAAGGCAAAGGCUGAUGCUGAAGAGGCCAAGAAGAAGGAGGCCAAGCAAGGAGGACGCAAGGCCAAGCAAGAAGCCGAAGCCAAGGCUAAGCAAGAAGCCGAAGCCAAGGCAAAGGCUGAUGCUGAAGAGGCCAAGAAGAAGGAGGCCGACUCCAAGACCGCCAAGAAGGAGGAGAAGGCCAAGCAAGAAGCCGAAGCCAAGGCCAAGCAAGAAGCCGAAGCCAAGGCAAAGGCUGAUGCUGAAGAGGCCAAGAAGAAGGAGGCCGACUCCAAGACCGCCAAGAAGGAGGAGAAGGCCAAGCAAGAAGCCGAAGCCAAGGCCAAGCAAGAAGCCGAAGCCAAGGCAAAGGCUGAUGCUGAAGAGGCCAAGAAGAAGGAGGUCGACUCGAAGACCUCCAAGAAGGAGGAGAAGGCCAAGCAAGAAGCCGAAGCCAAGGCCAAGCAAGAAGCCGAAGCCAAGGCAAAGGCUGAUGCUGAAGAGGCCAAGAAGAAGGAGGCCGACUCCAAGACCGCCAAGAAGGAGGAGAAGGCCAAGCAAGAAGCCGAAGCCAAGGCCAAGCAAGAAGCCGAAGCCAAGGCAAAGGCUGAUGCUGAAGAGGCCAAGAAGAAGGAGGCCGACUCCAAGACCUCCAAGAAGGAGGAGAAGGCCAAGCAAGAAGCCGAAGCCAAGGCCAAGCAAGAAGCCGAAGCCAAGGCCAAGCCAGAAGCCGAAGCCAAGGCAAAGGCUGAUGCUGAAGAGGCCAAGAAGAAGGAGGCCGACUCCAAGACCGCCAAGAAGGAGGAGAAGGCCAAGCAAGAAGCCGAAGCCAAGGCCAAGCAAGAAGCCGAAGCCAAGGCCAAGCAAGAAGCCGAAGCCAAGGCAAAGGCUGAUGCUGAAGAGGCCAAGAAGAAGGAGGCAAAGGCUGAUGCUGAAGAGGCCAAGAAGAAGGAUGUCGACUCCAAGACCUCCAAGAAGGAGGAGAAGGCCCAGAAGGAGGCCGAGGAUAAGGCCAAGAAGGCCGCCCAAGAGCUCAAAGGAGCUCAAAGUGGCGAGCAGGAGGGCGAGAGCAUCGAGGACCGCCAAGAGGAGGAGAAGGCCAAGCAAGAAGCCGAAGCCAAGGCCAAGCAAGAAGCCGAAGCCAAGGCAAAGGCUGAUGCUGAAGAGGCCAAGAAGAAGGAGGCCGACUCCAAGACCGCCAAGAAGGAGGAGAAGGCCAAGCAAGAAGCCGAAGCCAAGGCCAAGCAAGAAGCCGAAGCCAAGGCCAAGCAAGAAGCCGAAGCCAAGGCAAAGGCUGAUGCUGAAGAGGCCAAGAAGAAGGAGGUCGACUCCAAGACCGCCAAGAAGGAGGAGAAGGCCAAGCAAGAAGCCGAAGCCAAGGCCAAGCAAGAAGCCGAAGCCAAGGCAAAGGCUGAUGCUGAAGAGGCCAAGAAGAAGGAGGUCGACUCCAAGACCGCCAAGAAGGAGGAGAAGGCCAAGCAAGAAGCCGAAGCCAAGGCCAAGCAAGAAGCCGAAGCCAAGGCCAAGCAAGAAGCCGAAGCCAAGGCAAAGGCUGAUGCUGAAGAGGCCAAGAAGAAGGAGGCCGACUCCAAGACCGCCAAGAAGGAGGAGAAGGCCAAGCAAGAAGCCGAAGCCAAGGCCAAGCAAGAAGCCGAAGCCAAGGCAAAGGCUGAUGCUGAAGAGGCCAAGAAGAAGGGAGGCCGACUCCAAGACCGCCAAGAAGGAGGAGAAGGCCAAGCAAGAAGCCGAAGCCAAGGCCAAGCAAGAAGCCGAAGCCAAGGCAAAGGC